UCGGACAGACCGGCAGGCUAAUCAACUUUGAGUACAGCGAGAGUUUCGAUAAAAAUAUAUCGUCUUUGGACAAACUCAACGGUAACUUUGAUCCAAGGAACUUGAUACAGAUAAUGGAGACAGUUUCGCCGAAUUGUUCGGAGAUGCUACUGCGGUGUACGUGGGCGGGGCGCGUGACGCCGUGCGAGCGGCUGUUCGCGGUGCGGCGCACGGUGCGCGGCCACUGCUGCGCCUUCAACUACAUCCUCAACUACGACGGCGCCAAGAGCACUAUCGCCAGGUCGAAACGACAAACUGUUCGUGGGCCCCGCAACGGCUUGAAUGUCCUUAUGGAUCCCUUGAAGGACGAUUACCAAUUUCCUUUACACCCUAUGGUUGGAUUUGAGGUUUUCCUCUUCGAUCCAACUCAUUUCGCAGACCUCAACGGCGGAAGAGUUGUACACCGCUUCAUAGACAUCAACGCCGGCAAGCUAAUGCAGCUGCAGUCGCGGAAGCAGCUCGCCACCGACGAAGUGAGGAAGUAUUCCCUCGAAACGCGGAAGUGUCUGUUCCACGACGACUACUACAGCGUGUACCGCGGCAUGUACUCCAUGAGCGCGUGCAUCAUCCGCUGCCGCAUCAAGACGGUGCUGUCACUCUGCAAGUGUGUGCCGUACUUCCUGCCAACCAGGGACCACGAGCCGGUCUGCUCGCUGGACAACCUGCGCUGCUUGAACAAGUACCGGGAGAAGUUCAUGUUCCUGUUCCCGGUGAGCGCGGAGUCGGAGGCGGGGCUGGAGCAGGACAUGCACGACUCCAUGUUCUGCCCGGAGUGCGCGGCGGACUGCGAGCACACGCAGCACUCGUCCCAGGCUAGCACGCUCGAGCUCACCUCCACCCGCUGGCCCGGGAAGCACCACCUGGGGCCGUUCUUCAACGACGUCAACUUCACGGGUCUGUGCUUCAUGAGCGUGUUUCAGCCCACGCAGGACGGCGUGCUGGACCGCCUGGAUGUGGUCUACUACUGGUUCGAGCUGCUCAGCAACGUCGGCGGCUUCGGAGGGGUUUUGUUGGGGUUCUCCAUGAUUACCAUCGUCGAGAUUGUUUAUUUCACGUGUAUUCGUUUUGUCAUCAUUAUGCGCUCUAAUUAUAUCGCUUAUCACUGAGAGAUAUAUCUUUGGCGCUGCACACAUAAU